AUGUGUGUGAGAGCAACUUCCCAGACCUGGAAGAAGAUAUAUAAACCCGGAAUAAGUCAGACCUGGAAGAAGAACUACAAACCCGGUAUAGGUCAGAACUGGAAGAAGAACUAUAAACCCGGUCAGAACUGGAAGAAGAACUAUAAACAAGAUAUAGGUCAGAUCUGGAAGAAGAACUACAAACCUGGUAUAGGUCAGAACUGGGAGAAAAACUAUAAACCCGGUAUAAGUCAGAACUGGAAGAAGAACUAUAAACCCGGUAUAGGUCAGAACUGGAAGAAGAACUAUAAACCCAGUAUAGGUCAGAACUGGAAGAAGAACUAUAAACCCGGUAUAGGUCAGAACUGGAAGAAGAACUAUAAACCCGGUAUAGGUCAAAACUGGAAGAAGAACUAUAAACCCGGUAUAGAUCAGAACUGGAAGAAGAACUAUAAACCCGAUAUAGGUCAGAACUGGAAGAAGAACUAUAAACCCGGUAUAAGUCAGAACUGGAAGAAGAACUAUAAACCCGGUAUAGGUCAGAACUGGAAGAAGAACUAUAAACCCGGUAUAGGUCAGAACUGGAAGAAGAACUAUAAACCCGGUAUAGAUCAGAACUGGAAGAAGAACUAUAAACCCGGUAUAGGUCAGAACUGGAAUCACAUAAAAUGA